AUGGGAUCGGUAAAUUUGGCUCAUGAAUUGGCGCAAUGGGUACUCGCCGCGGGCAUUUCCGAUCAGCACCAGUAUGAGGAAAUGGUGUGGGCCAAGACUAAAGAGGUCAUGACGAAAUUUGUGGACUACAUGGACACUGAGGAUAUAAUAGCGUAUGCCACGCCCUGUGGUAACGCAGCAUGGAAGCACCCCAAUUACCUCAAAGACCCUCCGAUCUAUGGACAAAAGGUGGGGGACAUCAUUGUAUGCGUACUUAUGGUAGGGGCAUUAUAUUUCAUGAAUGGGUGGACUAUUGCACAAAUGCCUCGAACGCCGGAAGAUGACAACAGUGAACGCAUAAGGGACCACUUACGAUGUAUAAUAGUACAUAUGUUCAGCGAAGUAUUAAACGCAACCGUGUGUAAAAGUGAAUGGGGAACAUUUUAUGCAUGGCACAUAAUGGCAGAAACAGCGGGGACAGGGGGUGUUUCGAGCGCCUUGAUACAGAAUAGGACGUGUGCUAAAGAGACAUUUGCGCAUUUGAAAAUAAGAGAACUUGACUUAAAUAAACAAGUCGCAGCAUGGUUAACAAAGAAUCCAACACUCAAGAGCGCAAUUAAAAAAGUCCAGGGAACUGAAGCUUGCGGAAGAGAGCGGAAGAGGGGCUGGACGCUAGACAAUUUCCUGAGGCAUGAGAAUACAGAGGAUACGGAACGGUCGCAGAUUGUUGAGAUAGUCGGCGAGUUGAAGUCAGGACUGGGGGAAGUAUUUAAAGAAAUUAAGCAACAGGUAGAGAAAGACAUAGAACAGAGGGAACAGGCGAAGAAGCAGAACUUAGCGCACGAAGGCAAAAACGCGGAGGCUGCCACCACCCAGGCGGCGACCACACCAUCACCAAACGUACCGACAGCUAAGACCAAGGACAAAAAGUCAGCAGGCACGAAUAACGACAAGAAUGAUGAGACGAAAGUACAGAACACAGGAGAGAAAAACGGUGACCACAAGAAUACGGGAGAAAAAUCACCAACCCCCGCGGCACCCUCAGUACGUGCAGCACCAUCACCAGAGAGGUCCGCUCCAGGGUCAGCGUCAUCACCGACAGAAUCUCAACCACAAGCACCUGCAUCUCCAGUAUUACGAGCAUCACCACCGGCACCACCUCCACCACCACCACAGGACGGAUCAGCGACAGGGGGAGAUGGAACAGAGAACAAGACGCAAGAAACUUCUACGGAUCAGGCAGCUAAGCAUGUAUCAGGUAAGAUUACAACGAUACAUACAGACAAGAAGAGUGCCCAUGACAAAUCUCCCAAGAGUGUGGACGAUUGUAAUAGGCUACAGAAUGGGAAACAAGAGCAAAUUAUUGAAUGCUUAAAUAAGGCAGAACUGGAAGACACCAGACAAAAGGACGCACCGGAUGACCCUGAUGAAAACAGAACGGGUACCUGGGUUGUGUUCGGGGGUGUACCUAACACAAAAGUAUCUGUGGGAAUAUCCCCAACUAUUGACCCUUCCGCUACAGUUCCAUCCGGUUCCUCUGGUGCCGAUAAAACUGCAUCAAAGUAUACGCCAGAUACGGAUCGGAAAGAACCAGCAGCUGAACCACCACCACAAGAGAAGGAUUCCAAGGAACGCAGUGCUGAGCAGGUUCCAACGAACGGGCAAGCAGGGUCUUCGGGGCACACCGGUCCCGCGGGUCUAAAAGGUGAAACAGGUAACACCGCAGUAGACGGAGGCGCCUGGAACUUUGUUGGAGUUGACAUUGAAUCCCUUGAUAAGAUGUCCAACCCAGACCUAUAUUCUGAUGAUAAGCAACAGGGUGCCGGCUUCCGUUGGUCUCUCGAUAUUAACGCACACGGGAACAGCCCCGCACAAGGAUUUGUACCACCUGCAGGAGAACCCAGACCUUCCGGUUCCCCAACAGAACCUUCGGCUGAGCCGACAGAUAAUGGCCCCUUAGUUCCCGACCUAACCGCCGCGGUCCUGACCGCCACUACUCCGAUCCUGUUGGUCGUCACUGCCGUCACCGUCGCCCUUCUUGGUUAUUCCCUUUGGAAGAGCUAUUAG